UUAUGCAGGCUACGGAACAACCAAAAAAUGGGUCCUUCAGCAUUGCGGAAAACAUGAGCGAAGAAUCCAAGACUGCGGACUUUGAAAGGGCUCUCACCUGAUCAGCGACUAUAGUGAGACCCAUGCAUGCCUUGCUCGUUGGUGCAGCUUCAGUCAAUAUACCACUCAACGGACAUAGAACGGUAGACCCGCGAACUAUUCCCGUGGAUUACCACGCUUUUUUCGCUGUUCAUGUUUCAAGGGACCUCACAAAAGAAGAGCUAAUAGCGCUCAGCACAUGGAUGCGGAAAUUGCCAUCGUUUGCGGGAUUGAAGAUCGUGCUUCUCCUCCUCUUUUCUCUCCAAAAAGAGAGAACAUCCCCUUCAGAUCUUUGAAGGAUAUUUGAUGAGUGCUAGGUUUAUCUUGUAACACUUUCAUGCCCAAUAUAACACCUGAAAACGUAUGCACUGUCAGA